CUGAAAACAGGCCGUCGGAACCUGAGGAACCCACGCCAGGUUUACAGGGGGGGCAGGGGGGACCCCUUACAGAGCGACACGCCUGCAGUCUUUGCUGGAGAAUGUAGCUGCACCUUCUCCACCUGCUGACCAAAAUACACUGCACAAGAUGGGAGCACCUGAGAAGGGACUCUUCUCAGUCAUAGAGAAACUGAAGGGUGCCGCGGAACAGGAAGUGAGGAUCGUCCUCCUGGGUCUGGACAACGCGGGGAAGACCACGCUGCUCAAGAAGCUUGCCUCCGAAGACAUCAGCACCAUCACGCCCACACAGGGAUUUAACAUCAAGUGUGUGGCCUCAAAUGGCAUGAAGCUGAACGUGUGGGACAUCGGGGGGCAGAGGAAGAUCCGCUCCUUCUGGAAAAAGUACUUAGACAACACAGAUUUGCUGAUCUACGUCAUAGAUAGUGCCGACAAGAAGCGGUUUGAGGAGACAGGGCAGGAGCUCUCCGAGCUGGUGCUGGAGGAGAACCUGCAGGGCGUGCCCAUCCUCAUCUUCGCCAACAAGCAGGACCUGGCCACGGCCUCCGCCGCCAGCGACAUCGCCGAGGGGCUCAGCCUGCACACGUACCGCGACCGCCAGUGGCAGAUCCAGGCCUGCUCCGCACUGUCCGGGGAGGGGGUGCAGGAUGGCAUGAAUUGGAUUUGUAACAGCAUCUGCAAUCUGAAAAAAUGAGCCUGGUCAACCACGGCUUCGACCGCAC